AUGGGCGUUUCGUACAAAAUCAGUGAGCACUUUGCGAGUGGCGUUGGCAACGCCGCGUUGCACGUUGGGCGGGGCAAGGAGAAUGGCGACAAGCUUUAUGACGUGACCUUGGCUGGCUUGGAUGAAGAACAAGAGGCCCAGGUUGAGCCAAUGCGCCUGCUCGAGUUUCCCAAGUCGCUGGAUGCUUCGGGAGUGCUGAAGCACACUGAUGCCUGGUCACAGGGCGGUACCGCCACCUUUGUUGAGGUCAAGGCGGUUCUGGUGGAUGACAGAGAAAAACCGAUGGCCACGAAGAGAGCAAUCGGCCUGCUGUAUGCGGCGCAAGACUUCUACUCUUUGGCAGACUUCCUGAAAGUACACAACUUCAAG